AUGGACAGCAGUGUGCAGCGGCUGUUGCAGGACAAGCUGUAUGACAAGCGAAAGGCAGGCGCUCUGGAAAACACGCUGAAAGAGCAUGCCCACAGACUCGAGUCCACCAUCCGACAAGCCCUCGCCGACGGCAAUCACGAGCGCAUCGGCAAGAUUGUCUGGCAGCUGUGCCAUGACUACGCAUAUGCCGUGCACCAGCCUCAUGCCCGGAAUGGCGGCCUUAUAGGGCUGGCAGCAGCCGCAAUAGCUUUGGGAUCAGAAGUCGCGCGAUACCUGAGUGAGAUAGUGCCGCCCGUACUGGCCUGCUUCUCCGACCAAGAUGCCCGUGUCCGGUACUAUGCGUGCGAAAGCAUGUACAACAUCGCAAAGGUCGCCAAGGGAGAGAUCCUCGUCUACUUCAACGACGUCUUCGACGCUCUCGCCAAGCUGGCUGCAGAUACCGAGCUUUCGGUCAAGAACGGCGCCGAGCUCCUCGAUCGGCUGGUCAAAGACAUUGUCUCAGAAUCUGCUGCAACGUAUGCGUCCGUCUUAGCACCCGAGGCCAUGCAAGGAUCCGGCGAGAACACCCCAGACCAGAGCUUGGAGAUACCCACCGCAUUCAGCUUACCGCGAUUCAUACCACUCCUGCAAGAGCGCAUCAAUGUUCAGAAUCCUUUCGCCCGCACCUUUCUUGUAUCAUGGAUAACACUACUAGAUCAGAUACCGGACCUCGAACUUGUCGCAUACCUGCCCAGCUUCUUGAGCGGUCUGCUGAGGUUUCUCAGUGACUCAAACGAGGACGUCCAUACCACCACCAAAACCGCGCUGGAUCGCUUCUUGGUCGAGAUCAAGAAGAUUGCGGCUGUGAAGAAGGGUAUUGCAGAGAGCAAGAAGGGCAGAGAAGAGAACAGGAAGGCCAGCGAUUCCAGCUUUGCGGUGGAAAGUGAAAAGGAGGACGAUGCAGAAGCAGAUGCAGAUCUCACACAAAGCCGUGAGAACCGCGAGGGAGGAACAAUGGAACCGCCUGAGGGUGAACAGCAAGCUGAACAGCAAGCUGAACAGCAAGCCAUCGAGAGUGAUGCCCAGAUCCAGGAUGGUGCAUCAUCGCUGACGGCUGCAGAUGAUGAAGAGGAUGUUGGUGGGCCCGGACCGGAGGAUGAAUGGAUACCGGGUCAGGAUGUUCAGAUCGACUAUCCACGCAUUCUGGAGAUCCUGGUCAACUUCCUGGCCGAAUCACGAGAGGAAGAGAUACAGAUCACGACCCUGAAAUGGAUAGAGGUGUUUUUGGAAAUUUGCCCUGAGGACAUUCUAGCAUUCACACCAAAGCUACUCCAGCAACUACUCCCAGCUCUUUCGCACGAUCGAGAGCAUGUCAGCCAAGUUGCUCAGCGGGUCAAUCAACUGCUGAUGAACUAUAUCAUGUCAUUGCCGGAAGAUCCUGCGAAGGCUCAGAGUGGGCCACCAGAGUCGGCGCAAAGCGCUGCUCCACAAUCUGCCAAUACUGGUGGCAGCCUGGCAUCUGCUCUGCGGCUGUCGAAAGAUGCCAACGGAAACGACAAGCGAGAGUCAAUUGGCAAGAGUGGCAAGCAGGGAGCCACCCCAGAGCCAGACUCUGCGUCAAGAACGCCUCAAGUCAUCACCCCUGAGCCUCCAGCAGACGACUCUGACACUGCUGAGAAGCAACACACGAAUGCGGACCUCGAUUACGAAGCUGCUGUAAACGCACUGACCCUUCAAUUCUUGCACGAACAUGAGGCUACACGAGUUGCGGCACUCGCAUGGUUGAUCAUGUUACACCGCAAGUCUCCACGAAAGAUCCUGGCUAUUCAAGACGCAACUUUCCCAGCUCUUCUUAAGACCUUGAGCGACCCUGCGGAAGCCGUGGUAACUAGAGAUCUACUACUACUUUCACAGAUCAGCAAGAGUAGCGAUGACAGCUACUUCUACUCCUUCAUGGUCAACCUUCUCAAGCUGUUCGCCACCGACCGCCGAUUACUUGAGACUAGGGGUAAUCUCAUCAUUCGGCAGCUGUGCUUGUCAUUGUCGGCCGAGAAGAUUUACCGAACGAUGGCAGAAUGUUUGGAGCGAGACGAGGACGACAUCGAGUUUGCUGCAAUCAUGGUCCAGAACCUCAACAACAAUCUCAUCACAGCACCUGAACUUGCAGAGUUGAGGAAGCGAUUACGAAACCUCGACAGCCGCGAUGGUCAGACAUUCUUCACCGUCCUCUUCAAAGCCUGGUGUGUCAACGCCGUGGCAACCUUCUCCCUGUGUCUUCUCGCACAGGCCUACGAACAAGCAUACAAUCUGCUGCAGAUCUUCGCCGAGAUCGAAAUGACUGUCAACAUGCUCAUCCAAAUCGACAAGCUUGUUCAACUCCUCGAAUCACCCGUCUUCACCUACCUUCGUAUGCAGCUCCUCGAACCCGAACGCCACCCCAACCUCUACAAAUGCUUGUACGGCCUACUCAUGCUUCUACCACAAAGCAGCGCCUUUGCUGCCCUGAAGAACCGCCUGAACAGCGUGUCAGCCAUCGGAUAUCUACACAUCGGUGUCCGAGGCCAGCCAGGUGGAGGAUCCAACACGCCAUCUUCAGUCAGCACCUUCGAACGCCAGAACCGGCUAAAGAGUCGAGAAGACGGUGGAAUCAAAUGGACCGAGCUGCUCGAGAAGUUCAAGGCGACGCAAGAGAAAGUACGGCGGUCGCAGCAGAGACAACUCAUGAGCCAGCAUGGGUUGGAAGACCAAGCGCCUGCGCCCUCAUCACAGAAGGAGAACAGAACGGUGCCUGCCAUCGCGGAGAAGCCGGGACAUUUGAGACCGGAUAGUGCGCAGGCGUUGCCUUUGAGAGCGAAUACAGGGCCUCAGCAGCAAGGGGUCGGUGGACAUUCUAAGGGGAAGAGUAGUCUGAGUCAUCUUGGACGGUUCACUGGUGGUGUGAGGGCUGCGAAGGGGAAGAAGUGA